UGAGUGGAGCACCAGGGUGGCUUUUCUGCUUCUUGCUGUCAUCUACAGACCAGCACCUGGGUCAGAACAUGAUGGCAUUUCUGUUCCUAUUGCUUAUACUCACAGUAAUACUCCCCAGUGCAUCAGCAGCUCACAAAGUGAAGAGGCAAAGUGACUUCUGGGGAAGCUGGGGAGAGUGGGGUGACUGCAGCCGUAGCUGUGCUGGUGGAGUCAGCAUUCGGCAGCGGCAUUGCUAUUCACAGAGGACAGAUGGUGGAUCCAGUUGUGUAGGACCAUCCCGAAGCUAUCGAUCAUGCAAUGUUCAGAACUGUCCUGAAGGCUCAAGAGAUUUUCGAGGAGAGCAAUGUGCAGAGUUUGAUGGGACAGAAUUUCAAGGAAAGAUAUACAAGUGGCUCCCUUACUAUGGUGCUCCUAAUAAAUGUGAACUAAACUGUAUCCCAAAGGGAGAGAACUUCUACUAUAGACAUAAAGAAUUUGUGACAGAUGGAACGACUUGUGAGCCAGGGAAGCGUGACAUCUGCGUUGAGGGAGUUUGUCGAGCUGUGGGCUGUGAUAACAUGCUGGAUUCUUCCAAGAAGGAAGACAAAUGUCUGCAAUGUGGAGGAGAUGGCAAAGCAUGUUUUGAAGUGAAGGGCCUCUUUGAUGUGCCCAACCUCCCUAAAGGUUACAAUCAAAUCUUCAUCAUUCCCAUGGGAGCCACAAGUAUUCAUAUUAAAGAAGUGACACCAACUAGAAACUUCUUGGCUAUCAAGAAUGUGCAAGGAACAUACUAUCUGAAUGGACACUGGACUAUCGAGUUCAGCCGGGCUUUACAUAUUGCGAGCACAGUGGUGCAUUAUGACCGAGGCUCUGAGGGUGACCUGGCCCCUGAACUUGUUCAUGCCAAAGGUCCCACCACUGAGCCCUUGAUCAUUGAACUUAUCAUCCAGGAAGAAAACCGAGGGGUGCAUUAUGAAUACUACCUGCCAUUCCAAAGGCAGAACUCAGGCUAUAGCUGGGGAUAUGGCUCCUGGAGUGAAUGCAGUGUGGAGUGUGGUGGUGGUUAUCAGUCACGCCAGGUUUUUUGCACCAUUGACAAUGAAGUAUAUCCAGAUCACAUGUGCAGAGAAAAACAACAACCAGAAAACAACCAGACAUGCAGCCUUCAGUCAUGCCCCCAGACAAAACGGAUAUCUUAUCUCUAUCUGCCGGGAGCAUGGAGCCGCAGCAGAGCAUGGAACUUGCAAAUGAAGAGCUGGAAAACUGGGGACUGGGGAGUCUGCUCAGCAACCUGCGGAGGAGGCACACAAAUCCGUUCUGUUUACUGUGUCUCCUAUGAUGGACAUGGUUCUCAGGAUGUAGUGGAUGAUGCUGCGUGUGCGUCCUUAACAGAGAGGCCACGCAGUGCACAGACCUGCAACAUGCAACAGUGUGCAACAUGGACCACAGGGCCUUGGUCGGAGUGCUCAGUUAGCUGUGGAGAAGGUAUUCAGUCCCGGACUGUAGCUUGCAGGACAGGGCUGGGCUCUCAGACUCAAGCUGUUGCCUGCUUGACGCAACCCAAACCUCCUGAUACCCAAACCUGCAUUGAAGAUAACUGUAUCCAUGAGGUUGGUUGGCAUAUUGGUGGCUGGGGACUGUGUUCAAAGAGCUGUGACUCUGGCAUCCGAACCCGCCAAGUCACCUGUGCCGAUAGAGAUUUCAAAUCCUACAACCAAGAGAUGUGCAAAGCCAUCCAGCCAUGGAUACCAGAGACAUUUGAAAGCUGCAACACACAGCCUUGCCACCAAUCACAGCAGGUUCCCAGUAUGCAGGACACCACAGGCUAUGAUAUCAACCGUCUGCCCUUAUCGACUCGCUACAUCCCUGACCAUGAUGCCACAGUUUCUAGAAAUGAAAGAGUAAUCCAAGGUAGCUCUACUCAUCACCAGCUCCAGCUUAAUGAAGAUCGUGGCUCCAAUUUCUUGCCUCUUCGAUGGGAGUCUUACUCCUCAGUGUCCCAUCACUUCAACUCCCCUCCAGAUGUUGCCCCACUGAGUGAUGUUCAGGACUGCAGCCAGAGUUCUCAUGGAUGCUGCUCAGAUGGCCACACUCCAGCCGCUGGCCCCCUUAGGCAAGGCUGCCCAUCUGACAUUUGCCAACAUAGCAGGUAUGGCUGCUGCCCUGAUGGAGUAUCACCUGCCCAAGGGCCAAAUAAAAAAGGAUGCCCACAGUAUUACAGUGAUGUUUAUUUGAACAGAAAUGAACCUGCUGUUGCUUCUUCAAAGGCAAGCCAAGUUCUGUCCCAGCAGAGUCCAACUGUGGAGUGCCGAAGUUCUAUGUAUGGUUGUUGUUAUGACAAUAUUGCUUCUGCUUCAGGGCCUCUGGGGGAAGGAUGCCUCAACAGACCCAGUCAAUCUUAUCCUAUCAACUGUCUGCUACCCAGUGCCCAUGGCCCAUGCACAGACUGGACAACUCGUUGGUACUUUGUGUAUGAUGUUGGGAAGUGCAACCGAUUCUGGUAUGGAGGUUGCCAUGGUAAUAAGAACAACUUUGCUUCUGAAGAGGAGUGCAUGGGAACUUGCCAUGUAUCUGUGGGGAGAAGUGAUGUGAGGCAUCAUCACCAUAUUGCAGUCCCCAGCAUCCAGUCUAGUUCUCACUUCCAAGAAGGGAAUGCACAGGAGAAGCAACAGCAGCAGUCUGCAAGAGGAGCCAUCAGUCACAGCCACACAGGAGGACAUAGAACUUCCCACAUUGUUCAAGGUGGCUCAGAAGCUCAAUCAGCACCACACCAUGUAGAAAGGGGGUGGGGAAGGACUAGGAUUACAGAUGCGCUGCCAAAGCCCCAGCAAGGAACUGCUGUUCUGGAUAGCCAGCAGCAAGGUUCUUAUCACUCAACAGCUUAUGGGGAAAGAAGGAUGGAUCCAGCAAAGCACCUGCAUGGGUUGGGGGAAACUGUGGUUUCUGGACACACUGACAGACAGCUGACUGUCAAUGGGCAGACAGUUUAUCAUGAACGUGAAGAAUGGAGGAGGCCACCUGGAGUGGAUGAAUCAACAGUGAAUGGAUUUGAGCAUCAAACCCCACCAGACUUUUCGUUACAACAUUCUCUGAACAGGGUCUUCUUGGAAGGAUCAGGGUCUUCAACAGUGGAGGCUGGCCUGGGACAAAGUAUUCGUCUUAUUUGCAAGACCAGCAAUUCCCCUUUUUCCAGAGUUGAGUGGCAGAAAGAUGGACAGCCAGUGCCGUCAGACAGGCAUACUUACCAAUCUGACAGUUCCUUGGUGAUCAGCCAGCUCAGAGCUGAGGAUGCUGGGACCUAUUCGUGUCUAAUUUCCAAUGGGAGGACAGAGCACAGACAGAUUCAGCUAAGGAUCAAAGGUAUCUAUGGAGCUGCAGUUGCACAAGGAACGAGACACCAGCUUAAUCAUGGACAGAAUCGUCAACAUGGAGUAUUUGGUUUAGGAGUUAGUACUGGGCAUUCAGUUGUCUCCUCUGAGCAUCCUCAUUCCACAUACAGGUUAAAAAUGUACAAGAAUGAGCCCUCAGUAGUUGAUGCCAACAUUGGGGAGCGAGUCAGGUUGCCUUGCCGAGUCGAAGCUACACCUACUCUAACCAUUGAGUGGCAGAAGGAUGGACAGCCCAUCUCUUCUUCCAGGUACAGGCAGCAGGCUGAUGGUGCCUUGGUUAUCAGUCGCCUGAGUGCAGAAGAUGCUGGCUUCUUUACCUGCAUUGCUUCCAAUGGCCAUGCCCAGGAUCAGAGAAGAAUCCAGAUUAGACCUCAAGGGGAGUUGAGAAUCACUGGUGUGCUACCCAGCCUCUCUGUGUCUGAGGGAGAAAAUACCCAGCUUCAGUGUGUUGUGACAGGCAACAAUGUCAACAUCAGAUGGUCAAGGAAUGGGGUUCCAGUGAGAGCUGACGGCCAUCAUAUCCGUAUGUUCCAUGAUGGAAGCCUUCAUAUAAACAAUGUGCAAAUAGGUGAUGAGGGGUCCUACACCUGCAAUGCCUACAGUGGUAGCAACUCUGUCAGUGCCAGCACAGAAGUGAAAGUGAUCAGGAGGAGGUCAGAAGUACCUGCAUCCCUCCCUGUGGACCCAAGCAGAGAGUGUGUUGACCAACCACAUCUGGCCAACUGUGAGCUGAUAUUGCAGGCGCAACUCUGCAAUAAUGAAUAUUACUCCAGCUUCUGCUGUGCCAGCUGUUCUCGUUAUCAGCCCAAAGAUCUUCCUCACCAACGUCGCUGACCCCUUUUCCUCCCAGAGAGGGACAGUACUUGCAGCAGGGACUUCAAAAAGCAAUCUCAAAUCUACAUUCUCAAGCACACAUGGGGAAGCCAGCAUGGGCUGUUUUAGCAGAACAGUUGGCAGUAACUGAAUGCUCACCUCCCCAAGCUUUUUUGCAGCAAGUAUACCCAGUCCCCGCCCCCACUCCUGAAUACUGGCUGAUCUGCUCAUCAGUGGAACCAAACAACAAGGGAUUGUUUCUCUAACAAAGACUAACAAGCAAUGAGGACAAGAGUCAAGAACAAGCAAGAAAGCUGCUUUUUAAGACAAAGGAUGAAAGCAUUUGAACAAACAGCAGCCACUACUCAAAUUUAGAAGUAGAUUAAGGAAAACCACUGAACCAGAUUCUUUGUGGAAGGGCAAACAACUGACCAUGUUUCUGGGGAAACUUGGCAGCUGAUCUUGACUUUCUGCCGUCAUUUCAAAUAUUCUCUAACCCUCCUCUUCCAUGCUUUUCAGUUUUCAAAAGAUACAAGUAGAUAAAGUGGAUGUGCUUAACAGCAGCUACCCAAAGCUACUGAUUGAGGGAUUUUGGCACUAUGCAGAUAUCAUUAACUUGUUGGAGCUUCAAGAGAUUUGGACCUUGGUGAAAAGAAACAAACUCCAAGAAAGCUUGUGUGGGUCCUGAAUUGGACCACCUUAAGACAAGCACAUCACAUAAAGAAAAUAGGGUCUAUUUUGCACAUUCUAGGAUUCUUCCUGUAUGGGAAUAUAUAGGGGUAGUUCCAUGUAUGGGUUUUAGUAUGCUGAUUUAUGAAAAUCUUGACUGGCCAGAGUUUGACUCUGCAUGUUUAUCCUCAGGUUCAUCACAUUCAGAACCAGGCUUCAAAGUUACUCUGUACUAACUAAAGAACAUUCCGGCUGGUUAAGGGUGCAUGUGUGUGCACUGUAUUC